UAGAGCAAAUUCAUUUUAGGAAGUGGGUUCAGAGAACGUUACAGCUGUUCCCCUUUGACAGAAGAGAGAAAUCACAGCUGAACCACGGAAUAAUGCAGAAGAAGAAUAUAUCACACUGAAUCACAACAUGCAUCUGAAGAUAUGGCGCUGUAUAUUUGUCCAGGAAACACACACAACCCGCUGCAUGUGUGCACACAGAGCACACCUUUCUUGUGUUUUCUUGAAUGCUCAGCCUGUGGGGAAAGACGUCUCUCUGGAGACAAACCAAAACUAGAGACGUCUUCACAAGAGCUGAUGAGUGACAUAUAAAGCAAAGGAGGACAUUUAAUCGCUUUGUGUUCUCCUUUUUCACUUCUAACUUCUAUAUGAUGGACCGGCCUCUGCUGGGAAGAGACUUGGUCCGAGGAUGCUGCUCCUUCAGCACCUUGAAGGCCUGGCUGCCCAUCCUCUCCUGGCUGCCCAGGUACAAGCUGAAGUGGCUUCAGAUGGAUGUGCUCGCAGGUCUCACCGUUGGGCUGACAACUGUACCCCAGGCUCUAGCCUACGCUGAAGUAGCAGGUCUUCCUGUGCAGUAUGGACUGUACUCUGCCUUCAUGGGGGGAUUCAUCUACACCCUCCUGGGGACCUCUAAGGAUGUGACUCUGGGUCCUACAGCCAUCAUGUCCCUUCUGUGUUUCUCUGUGGUGGGGGGGCAGCCCUGCCGAGCCGUGCUGCUCAGUCUCCUCUGUGGACUCAUCCAGGCUGUAAUGGCAUUACUGAGAUUAGGCUUCCUCUUGGACUUCAUCUCUUUCCCUGUAAUAAAAGGCUUCACUUGCUCUGCUGCAAUAACCAUCGGCUUUGGACAAGUCAAGAAUCUUCUUGGACUCCAGGACAUCCCCCACGAGUUCUUCGAGCAGGUUUACUACACCUUCUACAAGAUCCCAGAGACCAGGAUAGGUGAUGUGGUCCUGGGUCUGAUUUGUCUCACUCUGCUGGUCAUGCUGACGUUGAUGAAGAUGAAUCUGGGCUCUGACGACGCUCCUGCCUACUCCAGAGCCGCCAGGAAACUAGUGUGGGCUGUUGCUACCAUGCGUAACGCUCUGGUGGUCGUGGCAGCAACAUUGAUUGCGUUUUCAUGGGAUGCUUACGGCCAACACGUGUUCACUAUCACUGGGAAAACGUCCCAGGGGCUCCCGCCAUUCAGGCCCCCGCCCACCUCAGACACUACAGCCAACGGCACCGUCGUCACAUUUGGAGAGAUUGUAGAGGGCUUUGGAGGCGGGCUUGCUGUGAUCCCUUUCAUGGGUCUAUUGGAGAGCAUUGCUAUCGCGAAAGCUUUUGCCAGCCAGAACGACUACAGAAUCGAUGCCAACCAGGAACUGUUAGCAAUUGGUGUGACCAACAUCCUGGGCUCGUUUGUGUCAGCUUACCCUGUUACUGGCAGCUUUGGGAGGACAGCGGUAAACUCCCAGACUGGUGUUUGCACUCCAGCGGGUGGGAUUGUCACCAGUGUAAUUGUGUUGCUUUCAUUGGCAUUCCUCAUGCCGGCCUUCUACUACAUUCCCAAAGCCUCUCUCGCUGCUGUUAUCAUCUGUGCGGUAGCUCCUAUGGUGGAUUACCGCGUGGUGGUGAAGAUGUGGAGAAUACGCAAGCUGGACCUGCUGCCUUUCUUUGUGACGUUCCUGCUGAGUUUCUGGCAGGUGCAGUACGGCAUCAUUGGAGGUAUAGCUGUAUCUGGAGCCCUGCUGCUCUACAACACGGCCAGACCCCAGAUAAAGGUGUCGGAUCACGGUGUAUUAUUGAUUGAGUUGGGCAGUGGACUCAGCUUUCCUGCCACAGAGCAUCUCAGCCAUGUCAUUUACACUCAGGCUCUGCAGGUGUCUCCUCCACGGUCAGUGGUCCUGGAUUGCCAUCAUGUCAGCGUCAUUGAUUACACGGUGAUCAGUGAGCUACGGGACCUGCUCAGGCAAUUCAAACUCCACGAUGUGUGCUUGGUCUUUGCCAGACUGCAGCCCUCUGUUCUGGAGAUUCUCCAAGCCGCUGAUCUGCAGGACUUCAUGUAUAAAAACAGUGUGGAGGCAGCACUGCAGCAGAUGGAGUCAGGAAACCUCCUCAGUGUCACUCAGUGACUGACAAAGAAACUUCCCAAGAAGAAGAUGUUUGACAACUGAACAAAAGCAAUGUAGCAACAAAAAGGAUCAGUGACAUUUCUGAACUGGAAUAACUGGGGUGUUAUGAUGUUGAAAACUACCUCCAAAGAUUUACUGACUGUCAGGAGGAGUGACGCCCCUCAUUUUCCAGUCUAAGGAAAGUGUUGCACUUAACUUUGUAUCUGCUAAAAUUGACUUAGAGGAAUCUCAGAGAUUACAACACUAGAAACUAUUGCACAACAAUAAAGGACCAGAAGUUUAAUACUAUAUUUAUAGCAUUAUAUUCAUUAUUAUUUUCAAGGGACAUUUUGCAGCAUUUUGAGGAGGUAAUUAGAGAAAUGAUAUUAUGAUUAUAGAUGAGCUGCUAGAGACCAAAUCUGUAUUUACAGAACAACAGCAACGACACGUGUGUUAAUAAUGAAUAAUGAAUA